GGGCUGGCUGGGAAAGCAAACACAAACACGGUGGCCACCAUUAAGAGGAAUCACCACCUCCUUUGUGCCAGUCACAAAGUGCACCUGAAGCAGGAGCCAAUUCUGAGAGAACUCCAUCCGUGGUGAUUGACCUUACUGAUUUUAGUGGCAACACAGAUGAUACUGCAGACAGCACAGUGGUCUUGCAGCAGUGGCGAUCUUUGCGGCAAGAACAAAACAAAGAAUUUGAACAAUCUUUAAUGGCAGACAGAGAAAAAGAGAUGAGACGCCAAUGUUUAGAGGCACAGGAGAAGAGUCGACUACAGGCAAUUGAAGACAGACGGAAGAGGAUUGCGAAUUACGAGGAACCCAUUGAUGCUGUGCCCAUCAAAUUCAAGUUUCCUAAUGGAGUGGAAAAAAUUCGAAAAUUCAUCUUGUCAGACACAAUUCAAAUCUUAUUUGACUUUGUUGGUCAGGAUGACCUGUCCAGUGAAGUGUUCUAUGUUCAAGAUGCGAUCUCAUCUACACCUCUUGAAAAUAACCUUUCAGGAACACUUAAUGAUUACAACAUCCAGGGUCAUUCAACUCUUUAUGUUAUUUGGGUUUCACCAAUGGAUGCACACGAAAGUCAAGAUAAACAGAACGAGGCAAGCAUUCAAGUGAAUUCUGGUGAAGUUCAUUUCACCUCAUCCUUUUCCAACCAGUCACUUCCAUCAUCAUCACAUGAACCGAUUACUUCUUUGCCACUGAAUGAUUGUCAUUCCCCAACACCCCCAAACUGGUCACCUGCUCCUUCACCUGCGCAUUGGUCACCUGCUCCUUCACCUUCUCACACAUAUCAUCCUUGGUCACCUGAACGCUCUCUUUACACUCAACCGUCCUCUGUAACAACUGACAACUGUGAAAUUAUUUCAGAUCAAGUUGAGCUACAGAUGAUUUUGAAGAAGCUUCAUAGCAGAGUUGAUCUCUCAUGUUGUCCCACAAGCAAUCAAAUUAAUGUAAGUCGAGACAACAUAUUACAAGGUAGUCUGCACACUUUCAAACGGAGGCGCUUCAAUCCAGAAGCAAGGCUGGAUGUGAUUUUUGUGGACUCUGAUGGGGUUGGAGAAGGAGCUAUAGAUGAUGGUGGACCAACCAGGGAAUACCUACGCUUGCUGAUGAGGGAAAUCCAGAUAUCCAAAAUAUUUGAAGGUCCGGAAGAUAACAGACUACUGGCUCUUGAUACUCAUGCCCUUGAGAAUGGCUUGUACACGACCAUUGCAAAAAUGAUUGCAGUGUGCAUAAUUCAUGGUGGAGUUGGCCCUCGUUUUUUUUCUGAUCGUCUCUUUAUGCAACUCUGUGGCACAUGUACACUUCCUGCCUCCCUUGAGGAAAUAGCAGACCGCUGCUUCAGAGAAAAACUAUCAAAGAUUAAAGAAGCAGACUCUGUUCAAAAAGCAAAUUCUGCAAUCUCAGAUGCUGGGGACAGUCUGAACAUGAUGGGAGCACUUAGGUACAUCUCAUCACUUGAAGAGAGGGAUUCCCUGGUCCAAUCUGCAGCAGAAUACUUUGUGAAUGGGCGGACAAAUUUGGCUCUCAGACAAUUUGAAGAGGGUUUCAAAACGUUUGGUCUGAUGGACGAGCUAAAAAAUCAUGCUGAAAUCUUUGAGGACCUGUUUGUCAAUGCUAUCAGACCACUGGAGGCAAAAGAUCUGACAACUCUUUUCGAAGUGGACUUCUCACCCCUUGGCAGCAACAAAAGGCAGCUGGAAAAUAAGACCAUCUGUUUCUGGAGAGACUGGUUAAUAGAUGUAGAAGAAGGUGACUUCAAUCCGUUGACACUGGAAAUGGUGCUGCAGUUUGCUUCUGGAGCCUCAUCUGUGCCUCCUCUAGGAUUCCCCCGUCAGCCAAAAAUUGAAUUUUUACAUUCAUUUGGUCAAGACACCAGAAUAUUUCCAGAGGCCAACACAUGCCUUAUUGUUCUCAGACUUCCAAUUCACAGUACCUACGAAUCGUUUAGAACCUACAUGACUGAAGGUAUUCUGCAGUCGCCAACUUUCGGCACCAUGUAGUACCUUGUUCAUGUAAGGGUGAUAAAAUAAAUACUUGAAAUAAUUGUCUUAACACUUAUCCACACUUA